CUGAUGCCCUGGCAUGGAUUCCAUUUAUAGCAAUGUGCUGACACUGCACCUUUUUGUGCUGGAGGCCAGGUUCUCCACAGGGUCCAUGUCUGACAGCUCCCACCAGCUGCUGGAACCCAAACACAUCCUGCAUUCCCACCUCAGCUUCAUGCCAGACUAAAGCCCAGCCACAAACCAGAACAUCUCACAAGUCCUUCUGAAAUCUGUGCUGGGAGAGGAGGCAACCCAGCUGUCACUAAUAGCUGGUCCUGACAGAAGACCUAAAAACUAUGAUUUUCGACAAGAAAUUAGAGACAGCAAGAAAGCAAAAUGGUCAUGGAGCUGAAAGAGAAAGAAGGCAGUGCUGACACUGGCAGAGUUUCCCUCUCCAGUGAGGAAGCUUCUUGCACCAUAUGUGACUUCUCUGCGUGCCUGUUUCCUUUCCGUGCUCGCACCACUCACAAUCAGAUGAGAGUGUAGUGAGGCAGCCAGGGCAGCUGAGACAUCAGUCCUGCCCUGGGAGCAUAGGCAAACAUGGCCCUGCAAUGGAUGUGUCUCCUGCUCCUUACACCUCUGCUGGCAGCACAAAAUCGUGAUAAGCUCUAUCCCAACAACUAUGGAAAACCCAAGGGAAGAGCAAAAUGCCCAAAACCUCAGUGGGACACAAGACUUCAGUUUUUGGAGAACAAAACUGAGUACCCACAGAAUAGAGAACUGACACUGAUCUGCCCCAAAGGCCUUGAGCCCUCCUUCACCAAGGUCAAAUGUACAAAGGAAAUCCAGAGAGUGAGUUCUGGAAAACCAGCCUAUGUGGAUGCUUGGUGGGCCAGGAGCAGCACAGGUGCCUGGACACGCAUUGAGGAGGAUGUCCUGUGUAUGGAAACGUGCCAAAACCCCCGGCGGGACUCCAGACUCCAGCUAGCACCAGACAACAUAAAUUAUAAGAAGAACGAGAAAGUGACACUGAGCUGCCCUGAAGGUUUCCAGCCACCCUUCAUUGAAAUCCAAUGUCAGACUCAAUUCCAGUAUGAGGAUAACGCGACACAUGUUUACAAAGAAUUUUGGCUUGGAAGAGAUUCAAGAGGUGCCUGGAUCCCCAUUCAGUCCAGUCUGAAGUGCACUGAAACGUGCCAAAUGCCCCAGCGGGACUCCAGACUCACACUGGCACCAGACAAGACAAAUUAUAAGAAGGAUGAGAAAGUGAUGCUGAGCUGCCCUGAGGGUUUCCAGCCACCCUUCACUGAAAUCCAGUGUCAGACUCAAUUCCAGUAUGAGGUUUAUGGGACACAUGUUUACAAAGAAUUUUGGCUUGGAAGAGACUCCAGAGGUGCCUGGGUCCCCAUUCAGUCCAGUGUGGAGUGCAUCGAAGUGCUCCAGGUUGACCAUGAGACCUUUGAGAUUUCCAGCACCAGCAUCAAACUGAAAUGGACCUGCAGGUUCCCCAAUGCCUGCCAGGGCAUGAGGGCCAUGUGCCGGCUGGAAGCACCUCCCUCCCCUCCCUGUGAGGCUGAGGAGGUGAAUGUAGAGCAGAUGUUACAUGGCCAGGAGGGAACAUUCACCUGCUCCCCUUUGCAGCCCUUCACUGAGUACAGAGUCACCUUCGACUUGCCCCCCAACACAACCCUGUUCUCAUGGUUCUUCACAACAAAGGAAACAGUGCCGGACAAACCAGAGCAGCUGUGGCUGGAUCCCAACAGGGGCUCUCUCAGGUGGAGCGCACUGCCCUCCUGCAAUGGGGAGAUCAUUGGAUACCAGCUGAACAUCACAGCCAGGAACGCAGGGGACAGCGGCGUGCUGGAGACCGAGCGGCUGCGCCUCAGUGGCUCCGUCACCGAGCACCGGCUGCCGGAGCACAGCCCUGGCAGCAGCUACGCCGUGAUGAUCCAGGGACUGACGGCUGCUGGAGCCGGGGCUGCGCUGAUGAGGGAGUUUCACAGCAACAGCAGCUCCGAUACCCCGUACCCCCAGACCAUCAGCUGCCGCAGUGCCCGCGACAUCGCCCCCUCGCAAGGGACGGCCGUGCUCCCCCUGCUCCCCAUGGCCCGUGGCUCUGAGGCCGCCAGGGAGCACCAGCUGAUCGUGGCCGCGACGCACAACGCCUCGCUGAUCGAGAGCAUCUGCUCGGGGCAGGCACGGCUCUCCAAUGCCAGCGUGUACCUGGCCGCUGUCCUCAACCUCAGCGCCCCCACGGACUUCGUGCUGGGCGACGGGAGCCGCGGGCAGGGCCUGCACAACGCUGCCCUCAGCCCGGGCCGCGACUACACGGCCCUUCUGCGCCUCGUCCGCCUCGGCCCGCAGGCAGAGAAGUUCACCUGUGUCUGCUACAGCUUCUCUCUUGGGCAGGAGUCAUCAUCUCUGCUGGUCAGCAAGUCUGUGGUUAUGGCAGUAGCACUGACUGUUGCAUUCCUGGCACUGGGGAUUUUGCUGCUUUUUGUGGUCUUCAGGCUAAAGCGCAACAGUUCAAGAGGCUCGGAGAACAACAGCACUAUACCCCUGAGAGGAUGUCAAAAAGAUGUAUGCAAGCCAAACACACAAAUCCCAGUGGAGGAACUGCUGGAGGCUCUGAAGAUGUUUAAGAGGGAAGAAAUAGAGGCAGAACAGACAGAUGAUGAAUCAGUCAACAGGCAUGGUGCUGGGCUUCUUAGAGAAUAUCAGAAAUUGUCUUCCACUUUGUUGCACCCCUGCAAUGCUGGCAAGGAGCUCUGUAAUCAAAACAAGAACCGCUACAAGAGCAUCAUCCCAUAUGAUCACUGCCGUGUGGUGCUGCAGCCCUCUGACACCGGGAAUGGCUACAUCAAUGCCAGCUAUGUGGAUACCUACCGAAGUCCACGCUUCUUCAUUGCAGCUCAAGGUCCCUUGCCUGGGACACUGGAGGAUUUCUGGCACAUGAUCUGGCAGGAGAAGACCUCAGUCAUUGUGAUGCUGACGGGCUUAGUGGAGCAGAACAAGAUCAAGUGUGAGCAGUAUUGGCCAGAGCAGGAGCAGGUCUAUGGCAACUUCACCGUGACACUGAACAACACCUGGACCACCACAGGCCUUGUCAAACGCAUCUUCUGCCUGCAGAAGGUAAGCCUGGCCUGGAGCUGAGGUGGGAAUGCAGGAUGUGUUUGGGUUCCAGCAGCUGGUGGGAGCUGUCAGACAUGGACCCUGUGGCGAGCCUGGCCUCCAGCACAAAAAGGUGCAGUGUCAGCACAUUGCUAUAAAUGGAAUCCAUGCCAGGGCAUCAGUCCCAGGUUUCUGUGCCAGGCAAAGGCAGUCAGUCAGCUCCAGUGGUCACCCAGAGGAGUCUGGACUGAUGCUGCACGUGGGAAUAUUGUAGAGUCUUGAUGGCUUGGGUGAGGUGAUUACAAAGGGUAUAAAAGCAGAUAAAGGGAAUG